AUGAUCAAAACAGAAUUGAUUGAUUCAAAGAAAUAUCUCCCCCAAAUUAUUAUAAAAGAUAUUUUGAAUAUUAUUAUGUAUAAUAACCGUUUUGCACAGUCAUACUUGAAACUUGCCAAACAUGCAAUUGAUGAUUAUAAUGUUACAGAGGUCAAAAAUAUUGAAAGCGUUUCAAACGUCCUGUUUCAUAAGGAAUACGGAAUUAAAUUAAACACAUCCGACUCUUUUUUUGAAAAAAUUAAAUUUGAAAAUCUCGAAAUUCAUACAAAAAAGACAAUUUACAGAGCAAUUAUGUAUAAUGACUUAGAAUCAUUCAUUGUAUUCACAGAAAGAGAUGGAUUUGAUCAAAAUCAAACACUAAAAAGUAGCUUAUAUCCGCAAUCUUUCUAUGGGUAUUCAUUACUUGAAUUAUGUUCUUAUCAUGGAGCUGUUGAUUGUUUCAAAUUUUUAAGAACAAAAUUUAACUCAAAGGUGACUGAUACAUGUCUGGAAUUAUCAUUUUUAGGAGGAAAUCCAGAGAUCAUGAGCGAAUGUUUGAAAUAUCAAAAACCAAAUCAAGAUUGCAUGAUUUAUGCAAUUAUUUCACACAACAUUGAUUUUGUUACAUUCUUGGUGAAUGAGUACGAUAUGAAGAUCUAUUUACGUGCUUGCGUUUGGCAUAAUAAUCUUGAAACAUUUUUAGUAUAUUUCGAUCAAACU